AGUAUGAAGAAGAUACGGCGAUGGCUGCUACUAUUUGCAGUCAUAAUCGCGCUGAUGGUCCGGGUGGACGGUUUGAAGGCAACGUCGUUGAUCUUUGGCCGCGGUCCGACCACCACCACGACCACGACCACCAGCACGACGACGACGGCCGCCACAUCGACCACGGAAGAGUCCGCCGAAGCCGCCGCCGAGGACGAGAGUGCUGAUCAAGGCGAGGACGGGGUAACGAAGGCACCGCUCACCGGAAUACCGCAGGUCGAUUACGUGUGGGACCCGAACUUACCACGGGAACUGCGAGGGUUCAAUUUGUCCAACUACCCCUUCCUGGACUCGGUCCCGGCGGAGGAGGACAUCGGUUUCACGUGCGAUCCGAAGCUGCACGAUGGGUUCUACGCCUCGAUCAAGUACAACUGUCAGCUGUACCAUCACUGCAUCCACGGAAUGCGGUACGACUUUCUGUGCGCCAACUACACGGCCUUCGACCAGAAGACCUUCAUCUGCCAUUUCGCGUCGGAAGUGGACUGCAAGAACUCGCCCAAAUACUGGUUCCGAAACGAGCCGCUGUAUAAGGCGACGACGACGACCACGGUGAAGCCACCGCCGACGACGUCGACGACGGCCGCUCCGACGACGGUGCCGUCGAGACCGAAGCCGCUGCGGAAACCGGUACGCAGGAGGCGCCCGCAAGUCGACUACUACUACUACGAUGAGGAGUACGAAGACGACUACUACGAAGAGCGUCAGCGGCGCCGCAAGAACCGGCCGCGAAAUCGGCGGCCAAUCUACGACGACGAGUACGAGGAGGAGGACCGGUUCGAGCGACCGGUCCGGCCGGCGGUGGAUCGAUACCGGGAGCGUGACCGGGACCGGCUCGAAGACGAGGACGAUUACGAUGACCGGCGGACGCCGGCGGUCGAUCGACGGCCAGUGAAGACGCGCAUGCGGAACGGCGAACGGCGUCCGGUUCCGGUCGAUGACGAGCGGCGGUACUACGGGGAGGAGCGACGCCGCCGGCCGUCGGCGGCCGACGAUCGCCGAAGGCCGAUCGUGGAGGAGGAGGAGAAACCGCUACGACCGGAGCGGCGCCGUGUACCGGCCGUCGGGCACGGGCGUGAAGUCGAUCGGAAGCCGGCCAAGCGGCCACUCUACGAAGAGGACGAAGAGGACGACUACGAUCCGCCGGCGUACGGCGAGGGUCGGCGUAGAGGAUCGUCGGAGAAGGGUCGGCAACAGCAGCAGCAGCAGAAUGACGUCGUCACGGUGAAGCCGGCCGGAGGCAGUAUCUACGGCAGGCCCCGUGCGGCUCCACGCGUUAAUCGGCCCGUCCCGCUGGCCGAGAAAAGCAAGUAUGCGUACGGUGCCGGGGAAGGAGCGGGACCUACGAAAGGAUUCACGAAGACAUCCACAACGCCUCCUCCGCCACCAGCACCGGUAGUUCAGUCCGAUCCGGAGUACUACGACGAGUACGAGGAGGUGGAACAGCCCCGGAGGGAGACAAGCGUUGACAAGCGCAAGGCAGGAUCGAGCGAGUACGGGGAGGGAGGACAGACGGCGGUCGGACGGAAACCGCGCCCGAGUGCGUCGUCGGACGUGGUGUACUACGAUGACGUCAUUAUCGCCAAGGAGGACCUCCCGCUCCGGUCGGUGCCGGGAAACGUGCGGAAGCCGGAGCAAUCCGAGCGCAUCAACAGCCGGGACAAUUCCGAGCUGGCGACCGGCAGUAAUCGGGGGUACGGGACCGGGGAGAAGACCCGCGCAAGCCAGUCCCUGCCGAAACAACAAACAUCCGCACGCGACGAGCAGGUGGACGAGCGAGACGGUGACGAGUACGACGCGGUACCCGCCGUCGGCCGGCUAGCGGCGCGACCCGCUCCGGCCACCAAUCUGUAUGCCAACUUUAAGAACAAAAAGCAACCUCCACCUGCGCCGCCACAGCCCGUGGAAAGUUCCCGGCCACCGGUGCACCGGUCCACCAAGCGGCCAUUUCUACCGAGCCGGGGUGGCAACCCGUACCUAGCGCGCGGUCUGCAACCGGUCGGCGUUGGGGCGAAACAACCAACCCCGGCUAAGCCGGCCGGUGAGCCCGAGAAGCCGGCCCCGUUCCGCAUUGACGUCGAGGGCAGCUCCACCACGGUCGCUCCACCGAAGCCCAGGGCUGGCCAACCGGAGGAAGCGCCAUCGUCGCCGCAACCACCACCGGAAGUGGUGAACGUUAAGACGCUCGACCAGCUGUAUGACGACGAGUUCGAUGUGACGCUCAACGACGCACUCAAUCCGACGCUGAAGCCCCUGACACGCAGUGCCCCGCAGAACUUCUUCCGCAACCGGUACGUCCACCAGCCGGACCAGUCGGAGUUUGUGCCGUUCGAGCCGAGCUACGCGCCGUCCGAGUUUCGCCGAACCGCCGUCCGGCCACCGUCCGUCCAGCUCUACCACAACACGCCAUCGGUGGCACUCGUCGGGACCCCGGCCCGCCAGCGGUACGAUCCAUACGCUGCCUACCAAUACUGAACAGCCACAUAGGCCGCCACCGCCGGCCUCACAGAGUUGAGUUAAUUUAUUUUUGAAACCCACAAAAAUCCGGCAUCCCUGACAGAGGGCGGGCGCUUUGGGGGACGUUUUUCGAAAAAACCGAAAACAAAAAGUUGAAACAGGCGAAGAGCGAUUUGUAAAUACUUAGGACGCGAGUGAGUGAGACGAGCGAAGGGAGAGAGCGAGAGAGAGAGAGAGAGAGAGAGAGAGAGCGAGUGAAAGAUAGAGCGCCCGACACCGCCAGACAAAGCUGUGGCAAUACUCAAAACAUCAAAAACGGUGAUAAUGUAACAAAACACGACUAUAAAGGAACGCCUUUAGUCUGGUAGACAGGUGUUACAGGAAAAUAGAAGAAAAAGUGUAAAGAAAGUGGGAGAGAGAGAGAGAAGUAAAAAAAGAACACCGCGGUGAGUGGUGGAAAAAGGAAACCUUAAAUGUUUUGAUCAAGUAUAAAAGUAGAAAGCUAGAGAGUAAAACACUAAACACUGAACGCUUGGUCACAAAGGUACCACUGUGCGGAAAGAAUCUAUAUUUUUUUCAAUUUAAAAAGCAACAAAAACAAAACAAAAACAAAACAAAAAUAUACAACCCCAAGCAUAGAAAGAGCGAGAGAAUGAAGAAAAUAAAAUUUUCUUUUCAUAAAAAAACCAAUAAAAGUA